AGUAGGUUGCUGUUCUCGCUUCCCCAACGUUACUAAUGGCUGUAGCAUCAUCACUAGCGUCCAAGAUAGGAAGUGCCGCUACCACUGAGGAGCCAACUGUGUUAGAGGCCAACCUCUCGACAUGGAUGAAGACUAAAGAGUUGAAUCUCGGCUUGGCGAUUCUGUCGGAUCCAUGCGUGUCUGAAGUGCAGCUAAUGCAAAUGCUUAAUGAGUCUCCAACUACUAUGACUCUAGCAAUAAUGAAUAUCGUGGAUAGGUUCACUUCUCCUAUGUUGGUGUCAGCGAUGAAGAGUGAGCUUUCUGUUGCCGCUAUACGGGAAUGCGUAAAAAGACUUCGACAACUUUUCGAUGCUUAUGCGGUCCUACCAGAGGCGGAUAUACGGCAGGUCGCUCCUGACGUACCAAGCCUGGGCAAUGUGGUACUGUUCGCCCAAUGUCUAUUGGAUGCUAAGUUCCUGGAUAUGUGCCUGGAGGGCUCCGAAGAGGGAAGGAAGGCUCUUCUUGAGGCAUUUACGGCUAUGGAAAUGCGCAUCAGGAGCAUUGAAAAGGAUUCCCUAGCUGGCACCAAGGCCACGGCGUUACUCCAAGGGCUGGACUCAGUAUCGAGAUCGAGCCUAGCUGAGGCAUCAGCAGCUGCUGCUGGCCGUACUCAGGAUGGCUUCUUCGAGAGGAAGCAUUUGGACAUCCCUGGCUGGAGCCCUAGGACGAUCACGGCAACAGCAGCAACGUCACCGCGCCACAAAAAUAACUGAGAGUCUACUACUAUCACUACUACGUACCAGCUUCCAUAACU